AUGAAUCCGCAGAUGCAGAAUUACAGACAGUUUGCCCAGGCGCAAGGAAGGUCCCCUGCGGCACGUAGGCCAGGUCAGAUGCCCCCUGUCCAACAUGCUGCUCAGCAAGCGCAAGCCCAGAUGAUGCAACAACAACAAGCCCAACAACGCAACGCCGUGAUGGAACACCAACUGGCCCAGCGACGUGUGCGAAAACCGACCGACCGAAAUAUGCCCGAUGGUUUAGAAGAGGUGGUCAUUGGGGAUGGCGUCGAGCAGUAUAAGAAAUUGCGCGAGGCAGAGAAACGAUUAGACCAUCUGAUGGCGAGGAAGCGGUUGGAAAUCCAUGACAAUUUUAGUAAAAAUGUCAGAAGGCAUAGGACAAUGCGAAUAUGGAUCUCCAAUACUGUGUCUGGCCAACCCUGGCAGAUGAACCCGGACGAAGAAGGCUUCACGUUCGACUCGGGCGGCGAGCCUACCUAUCGAGUCAAGAUUCAAGGCCGGUUACUGGAAUAUGACAACGAUGACAUCUUGUACAGCGACGACGAAGAUGAAGAGAUGGGAGAGCAGGACAAACCAGCCAAACAAAAGACACUCAAGCCUCCCUCCAAAAAAUUCACUCACUUCUUCAAGGGAAUGACGGUCGAGUUUGACAAUCCGAAAGGCAGCCUCAGCGACCCCAACCAGACGGUAACGUGGAAAAAGGGCCAAAAUAGCUCCCAAGCUGGCGACUUUGACACCAUUGAAUUUGAGCGUAAAGCCGAUGAGAACGUCAACAUUACAAUCUGCCUGGCACGCGACGAACAACCCGAACGAUAUCGCCUCUCCAAGGCUCUCGCUGAAACCCUGGAUAUGGAAGAAGCCGACCGUGCCGAAGUCGUCAUGGGUAUUUGGGACUAUGUGCGUGCCAUGGGUCUGCAAGAAGAUGAGGAGCGCCGCAGUAUCCAGUGUGAUGAUGCACUAAAACGCAUCUUUGAUACGGACACGUUCUUUUUCCCUCAAGCCGCCGAACGACUAGUCCCGCAUUUACAUCCUUUGCCUCCGGUGCGAUUACCCUACACCAUCCGAGUGGAUGAAGAUUGGCAUAAGAAUCCCGAACCCACGGUGUAUGAUGUGCAAGUCACCGUCGAAGAUCCUCUCCGGCCCAUGAUCUUCAAACUCACUCAAAACCCAGAACAUCAAUCCACGCUCCGGACCAUUGCUAAAUUGGACGACGAACUCGCGAUAGUGGUACAAGCUCUGCAUCACCACAAGGCACGGCAUCAGUUCUUUGCGAGCAUGGCGAAAGAUCCGCAGAAGUUCAUCGAGAGGUGGCUCAGCAGUCAGAAGAAGGACCUCAGUGUGGUGCUGGCGGAGCAAGAACGAGGGGAUGUGGCGGGUAUGGAGUUUUCGAAGGGUGGAGAGGACAGUGUCUGGGGUGGCGAGGUAGUUAGGGAGGCGGUGAGGUAUCGACUCGCCCGAGCAGAAGCCUCGCGGUAG